AUGUCUUCCCUCCGAUAUUCCACCAUGGGCUCCAACGCAAAUCCCAACUUUGAUGAGCAUCUAUGGAUUAUCAACAUUCGCAGAUCCCUUGAUGAAGAGCUCGAAAAUGAUUCUGAAGUUCCUGUCUCCAUUUUCAAUGUUCCCAAACUCCUAAUGGCUUCCAAUCCAGAUUCCUACAUUCCUCAACAGGUUGCUAUCGGUCCUUACCAUUAUUGGCGACCGGAGCUCUAUGAGAUGGAGCGCUACAAACUCGCCGCCGCGAAAAGAAUCCAAAAACAACUCCAGAACCUCAAGUUUCAACAUAUUGUUGAUCACUUGUCGAAGCUUGAACCCAAGAUUCGAGCUUCUUACCACAAGUUCUUGGAUUUUAGUCAUGAAACUUUAGCUUGGAUGAUGGCAAUUAAUGCGUCUUUCAUGAUUGAGUUCCUUCAGAUCUACACUAUAAGAGAAGGUAUAAUGAUUAGGGUUUCCUCAAGAAUGUCUCAUUUGUUUGAUUAUGCAGGGAGAAAAUCAGCUCACAAUGCGAUUCUUAGAGAUAUGGUGAUGCUUGAGAAUCAAAUUCCCCUAUUUGUUUUGAGAAAGAUCCUGGAAAUUCAAUUCUCGUCGUUAAAAUUGGCCGAUGAAACUCUGCUUUCGAUGCUUGUAGGAUUUUGCAAAGAGCUUUCCCCUUUCAAGAUGAUGAAAGACAUGCAAAAAAUCCCUGUUUCUCAGUGCUCACACUUGCUAGAAUAUUUGUACGACAUGAUCGUGCCAAAAGUUGAAGCUCCAGCGCUGCCAGAGAUAACUGAGGCGGAGGAUCAAGAAGAGGGCUCAUCUGGGAAUCCAUCAAGUAACAUAAAGGAUCUCUUCUGUGAAAUAUCGAAACUAUUUUCAAAGCUCAACGAAGGUCCAAUACGUCUCCUGAAGAGAAUACUAUUCUCUAGACCUGUUACACUCAUCCUGAAAUUGCCAUGGACAAUCCUCUCCAAUCUUCCAGGAUUUUUCAUCUUGAAACAACUUGUUCAACACCUGUUUUUUGCUGAAGACAAAGAAGAAGCAAAACCAGAGAAAAACGAGGGCUCAAACAAUGAAGUUAACAAGCCACCAUUGAUGGAGGAGAUCGCAAUUCCUUGUGUGGCUGAGCUUUCCAAAUGCGGGGUCCGUUUCUUACCCACCACUGAUAACAUUUCAAGCAUUAGUUUUGAUGCUAAGACAUUUACAUUUUACCUUCCCAUUGUCAGCUUAGACGUGAACACAGAGGUGGUGUUAAGAAACUUAGUAGCAUAUGAAGCAUCAAAUGCAUCAGGACCGUUGAUUUUUACACGUUAUACAGAAUUGAUGAAUGGGAUUAUUGACACAGAAGAGGAUGUGAAGUUGCUUAGAGAAAAGGGUAUUGUUUUGAACCAUUUGAAGAAUGAUGUAGAAGCUGCUGAUCUCUGGAAUGGAAUGAGCAAGUCAGUUAGAUUAACUAAAGUGCCAUUCUUGGACAAAGCGAUUGAGGAUGUUAACAAGUACUACGAUGGAAGAUGGAACAUAAAAGUUGAGAAUUUCAUGAAACUUUAUGUGUUUGGUUCUUGGAAGUCUCUUACGUUACUUGCUGCAAUUUUUCUUUUGCUCUUGAUGACAUUACAAGCCUUUUGCUCGGUCUAUAGCCGCGGUCUAUAA